CUGACGUGGCGCUGCCGCUGCCCUGCGCCUGCGCGCGCGUUGGUUCCGGCGCGGGCAGGAUGGUGCUGCUGGAGAGCGAGCAGUUCCUGACGGAGCUUACCAGGCUGUUCCAAAAGUGUAGAACUUCCGGGAGUGUUUUCAUAACGCUGAAGAAAUAUGAUGGCCGAACAAAACCAGUCCCACGCAAAGGCCACGUAGAAAGUUUCGAACCAGCAGACAAUAAGUGUCUUCUAAGGGCAACUGAUGGAAAGAAGAAAAUUAGCACAGUGGUGAGCUCAAAGGAAGUAAAUAAAUUCCAGAUGGCAUAUUCAAAUCUGCUGAGGGCUAACAUGGAUGGCUUGAAGAAAAAAGACAAGAAAAGCAAAACCAAGAAAAGUAAAGCAACACAGUGAUGGAACAGUGUCCUACCAUCACCAUAACAGACUUGACCCUCACUCAAAGCAAAGUCCAUUUCUUUUUGAGUUACCACUUGUCUUUGGCUUUCCUUCCAGCAGGAUACUGGGAUAUGAUCAGUACUUUUGUUUAAACUGAUAGCAGAGGUGCUUUCUUUGGAUUGUUGUGUGGCAGGAGUAUGUACAGUGUUAUACUAAAAUAGUUUUAGACUCAGAAGUUUUGUACUUAUACUGCUGCUGUUUGUAAAAGCUGUUUGGGGGGUAACACAGGGUGAAGAGAAAUGCACCAUACCAGAAACAAAAUAAGACUGGAGGAGGAGCCCCAGUGACAGAUGCCUAGUUUUAUACAUGAGCCUCAGUAAUAACAGGGAAAGCAGGUGCCAACAUAUUUUCAGGAACAGCUGCUUUCCUGUUUGUGUGUCUUAAUCUGAGGGACAUGUCUACAUGAUGUAGUGUGGAUAUCCUUAAGGCAGCCAGCACAGUGCUUGAGCUCUUGUAGAGCCAGGCAGCUGUGCCUUCACUCCAUGCUGAUCCAGCUGUGCUGUCCCUGGGUGGGGGGGAGGGUAGGACUUUGCAUCAUGUUCCCUUCAGACAUGGCUUAAAAAUGCUCAUGUCAUCUAAACUUUUAUUUUUUUUAAACUUCAUCCUUCAAUAUAUUUGGGGAUCUGAAUUUUCCUUCCUUCAUAUGAGCAGAUGUAAAAAUACUUAAUUGUUCCUAUUAAACAUAAUGAAAAAUGGAUUUGCUUGUAA